CUGGCACGGCUCUAGAUUUGGCUGCUAGGGCCUGGUUCAGCUCUUGGCUCGGUUGCUAGGGCCUGGCUCGGUUACUUGGCGCUCAUCUACCCGCCCUGGCCGAGGUCCUCGGAGCGGCGGCGGCGGCAGUAGGAGCCGGAGGAGAUCGAGCAGCUCGGGCCGCUUCCCCGAGGCCAGGCCCCGCCGCGCCCGGGACCCCCAGCUCCGCCGCGAACUCGCCCCACCCGCUCGGGCUACGCGGCGAGCCAGGCCCAGGCCCUUCCUGCGGCAGAGUUCCAUGAGUCAACCUCUUCAGAUGUGGAUGGCCUGUCUGUAGGUUCUUGGCUGUUAUCUGGAGCCCGUUGGUGUCUCAUCCCAGUCCCUAGUGUAACAGUGGCUACUGAGAGCCAUGAAGGUUGUACCAGAGAAGAAUGCUGUGCGGAUCCUGUGGGGCAGAGAACGUGGCACCCAAGCCUUGGGCGCUCAGCGGCUUCUGCAGGAGCUGGUGGAGGAUAAAACCCGAUGGAUGAAAUGGGAGGGCAAGAAAGUUGAGCUACCAGACAGUCCCCGUUCCACGUUCUUGCUGGCGUUCAGCCCAGAUAGGACCCUCAUGGCUUCCACCCACGUGAAUCACAAUAUCUACAUCACAGAGGUGAAAACGGGCAAGUGUGUCCAUUCUUUGGUUGGACAUCGGCGCACACCGUGGUGUGUGACCUUUCACCCUACUAUCCCGGGACUCAUUGCUUCAGGGUGCCUAGAUGGGGAGGUUAGAAUCUGGGAUUUACAUGGUGGAAGUGAGAGCUGGUUCACAGACAGCAACAAUGCCAUUGCAUCUCUGGCUUUCCAUCCUACGGCUCAGCUCCUGCUGAUUGCAACAGCCAAUGAGAUCCAUUUCUGGGACUGGAGUCGUCGAGAACCCUUUGCAGUGGUGAAAACAGCCAGUGAGAUGGAGCGAGUCCGGCUGGUACGAUUCGAUCCCUUGGGACACUACUUGCUCACAGCGAUUGUCAACCCUUCCAACCAACAGAGUGACGAGGAGGUGGAGAUCCCUGUGGAUAGCACGGAUAUGCCACAUUAUCGCCAGCGCUCUAUUCUCCAGUCUCAGCCUGUGAGGCGUACGCCCCUCCUCCACAACUUCCUGCACAUGCUGUCCUCACGCUCCUCUGGCAUCCAGGUGGGAGAGCAAAACACUGUGCAAGAUUCCGCCACCCCAUCCCCACCACCUCCACCACCCCCACCACCUCCACCACUGCCUCCAGCCAGCGAGAACACCAGAGCAGCGGCCUACACCAGGCUCCGUGAGCGUGUCAGUUACCCCACAACAGAGUGCUGUCAGCACCUGGGGAUGUUGUGCCUUUGCAGUCGAUGCUCUAGUGCAAGACUUCCUUCUUCUCUCUUCCCGCACCAGGAAAAUGCCCCCUCCACUUCCUCUGGGGCCACUGGCACUUCCUUUUCCUCUGUUCAGACAGAGCCAUACCAACCCCCAGAGCAGGCAUCCACAGCGCAGCAGGAGCAAGGUCUGCUUAACAGGCCUUCUGCUUUCAGCACUGUUCAGAGCAGCACUGCUGGCAACACCCUACGCAACCUUAGCCUGGGCCCCACUCGCAGAUCCCUCAGUGGGCCCUUGUCAGGCCAUCCCUCCAGGUACCAGUCUGCGAGAGAGAUGGCAUCUGGCUUAGGAGGGUCCGACUGGACUAGAACAGUGCUGAACAUGGGCUCUCGCUCGGAGUUGGAAGCCAUGCCUCCACCUAGAACCAGUGCCUCUUCAGUGAGUUUGCUGUCAGUGCUCAGACAGCAGGAGGGAGGUUCCCAGUCCUCUGUAUAUACAUCUGCUACAGAAGGGAGGGGCUUCCUGGCACCAGGGGCUGAAGCAGACAGCAGCGGUAGCGCUGGCCCAAGCAAUCCAGCCAGCAUCCGCAAUGAGCUCCAAUGCGACUUGAGACGGUUCUUCUUGGAGUACGACCGACUUCAAGAGCUAGAUCAAGGGAUUGGUGGGGAGCCCAGCCAGUCGCAACAGGCUCAAGAAAUGCUCAACAACAACAUAGAGCCUGAUAGGCCAGGUCCCUCCCACCAGCAGACUCCCCAUAGCAGUGAAAACAAUUCCAAUUUGUCUCGGGGCCACCUGAACCGCUGUCGCGCCUGUCACAAUCUGCUGACCUUUAACAAUGACACACUACGCUGGGAAAGAAGCACGCCCAGCUAUCCAUCGGGGCAGGUCCAAAGCACAUUUGAUGGCGUGCCACCAAGCAGCAGCCAGGCGCAGCCUGCAGAGAGAACCGAGGGCAGAGCUCCUACCUCUAGCAGGUUGCAGCUGGGAAGCUCUUCCAACUCGCAGGAGGAAAGGACUGUGGGAGUGGUCUUUAACCAGGAGACAGGGCACUGGGAGAGAGUUUACAGCCAGUCGGCUUCGAGCAGACCUGGGAAUGUAUCACAGGAGGCCUUAAGCCAGGAAAUGCCUGAGGAAAGUUCAGAGGAGGAUUCGCUCAGGAGGAGGCUGCUGGAAUCUUCCCUCAUUUCGCUAUCACGCUAUGAUGGAGCAGGGUCCCGGGAGCACCCAAUCUACCCAGAUCCAGCCAGGUUAUCUCCUGCAGCAUAUUAUGCCCAGAGAAUGAUCCAGUAUCUUUCCCGGAGGGACAGUAUUCGUCAGCGCUCCAUGCGUUACCAACAGAAUCGUCUCCGCUCUUCCUCGUCGUCUGCUUCCACCUCAGAGAACCAAGGCCCGUCCGUAGAGGGAAAUGAUCUGGAGUUUGAAGACUUUGAACGACAGGAGCCCUGCUGGUCGCACAUAAACUAUGCGCUGAGAUCCAGCUAUCUGGCCAAGCACUACAACUGCAGGCUGUUCAGGGACAAUGGAGACAGAUCAAGGCACCGAGCUCCCCGGAACGCCCGUAUGUCUGCACCGUCGCUUGGGCGCUUCGUCCCCAGGCGUUUCUUGCUGCCAGAGUACUUACCUUAUGCUGGGAUUUUCCAUGAACGCGGACAGCCAGGGUUGGCCACCCACUCCUCUGUUAACCGGGUCUUGGCAGGGGCUGUGAUUGGAGAUGGACAGUCAGCUGUGGCCAGCAACAUUGCCAAUACCACCUAUCGGCUCCAGUGGUGGGACUUCACCAAGUUUGACCUGCCUGAAAUCAGCAAUGCUUCUGUGAAUGUGCUUGUUCAGAACUGCAAGAUUUACAAUGAUGCUAGCUGCGAUAUCUCUGCAGAUGGACAGCUCCUGGCAGCCUUCAUUCCCAGCAGUCAGCGGGGCUUUCCUGAUGAAGGCAUACUGGCUGUGUAUUCUCUGGCACCUCACAACCUGGGCGAGAUGCUAUACACAAAAAGAUUUGGCCCCAAUGCUAUUUCCGUGAGUCUGUCUCCAAUGGGCAGGUACGUGAUGGUGGGACUGGCUUCCCGGCGCAUCCUGCUGCACCCUUCCACAGAACACAUGGUGGCUCAGGUCUUCAGGCUGCAGCAGCCACAUGGUGGAGAAACAUCCAUGAGGAGAGUUUUCAACGUCCUGUACCCGAUGCCUGCUGACCAGAGGAGACACGUCAGCAUAAACUCUGCUCGCUGGCUACCUGAGCCAGGCCUGGGAUUGGCAUAUGGCACUAACAAGGGAGACCUGGUGAUUUGCCGACCAGAGGCCUUAAACUCUGGAGUUGAGUAUUACUGGGACCAGCUGAAUGAGACUGUUUUCACUGUGCAUUCCAGCAACAGGAGCACCGAGCGGCCUGGAACAAGCAGAGCCACAUGGAGGACGGACAGAGACAUGGGCCUAAUGAAUGCCAUAGGCCUGCAGCCCAGGAACCCUACCACCUCGGUGACAUCACAGGGUACUCAGACCCUGGCUCCUCUGCUGCAGAAUGCAGAGACUCAGACAGAGCGGGAGGUACAGGAGCCAGGUGCUGCCACGUCAGGAACUGGAGAAGGUGAAGGUCCAGAAUAUGGGGCCAGUGGAGACGAUGCCCUCAGCAGGAUCCAGAGGCUGAUGGCUGAGGGUGGCAUGACUGCUGUGGUCCAGCGGGAGCAGAGCACCACUAUGGCAUCCAUGGGCGGCUUUGGCAACAACAUCAUUGUGAGUCACCGGAUUCACCGCAGCUCUCAGACUGGUGUGGAAUCCAUGGGAGCUGAUGGUGCCUUGAUGCAGCAGUCCACCUCGCGCGAGCUGGCAGCUGAGCUGGAGGGACGGAUCCUUUCAGAGUCUAUGCAGCUGGCAGAGCAUGGCCAGAGCCCGCAGACAGCUCCUGGCAGGAGUGAAGGACAAGGAGCCGAUGGGCUGGAUCUGCCAGAGCAGUCCCAGUCUUCUAUGGACACUGAGGGACCAAUUGAAUACAGUGACCUAACCAAUAAUAACCAUCUUCCUGACAAUACCAACUACUAUAGUAACAACAGCACCAGUGGGGAGUCACGGAACAGGUAGAGAUGAGUUGUGUCUUGGUGCUACCCUUGUACUGCUAAGCAGAGACCUGUACCUCACAGUUGAUAAGGAGCUGGAAGAGGGGGGUAUUGUGGCUCUGAUAGGAUGAUGGUAAUUGAGGGGGCCUCUGUAUCUGUGCGGAGGGGGCAGAAAUGGAAGGGAAGGCACCAAAUUUAUAGGGACCCCAGGGAGAAGAAGCUUUAUUUGGUCUUAGCUUCCGGCACACAUGCUCCUGCACAGUUUCUAUGAGAACAUUAAUGAUCCCUAACAAUGCUGUUCUGAGCCUUGUGUAAAUAUCCCAGCUUAGUGGGAAUCCCUGGGCUUAGCCCUAACUCUGCAGUGCUCUAAAUGUUACCAUUCCUAAAAUGAGUGUUUUCCCCCUGCUUGCCACCAGCCCCAAGGAUGAGCAGAAGAACGAAUAUCAGGGAAGGGGGCCUGCAGUGUCCUCCAGAGACAGGCAAUCCUAUUGGGCAUAUCCUGGAUUUGAUGCCCCAGCUCUGCCAGUGCAGUGGAGGAGUCUUCCAGGCCAGAGUCCCACUCCAUGGCAUGGCCCCAGUGCCCCUUGGGAAGGGUGGAGCAUUUUGGAGACUAGAGAGAACAUUAUUGCUGUCCAGUGUGCGAUCUUCCUGAGGCAGAGCUGGAGUAGAAAGAGCCAGGCUUAAGCUUCACCAUCCUUUAUAUACCCAGGAGCCUCUCAGAAGUGAGGACCUUUUCUUUGAGUGUCAGCUUAGCACCGAGCUGCUAUCAGUGGGGAGAGAGAAUGGAGGCAAAUGCAGGAUGUGGGAGUGAGGUGGAUGCAGUUAGCUCAAGGAUACUCCAAUAUUUUCACAUCCCCAGCUGUGCCAAUACUAACGUGAAUGAGCCAUCUUGGCAAAACCUGCCAGUAUCAUGGCACCAUUGGCUGGCUGCAUUUCCCUUGGGGCAGGGAGGGGGUGACUUUCCAGCUCCAGGUCAGGGCAUGAGGUAUGGGUCUGUGACGUAAGGUGUUGCAUGUGAAAUCUUGACCUUGUACAUGUAGUUUCUAGUGGAGAAAUCAAGGCUCUGAUAAUAUUUUGUUUUUAGUCUAAAAUGUGAUUUUCCUUUUCGUUUGUAACUCUCCAUCCCAGCAAGCUUGUGGCGGGAGGGUAGGGGGAGAGUCUGAGUGCUAACGAGGGAAACACCAAAGAUCAACGUCAUUAAAAUAUGACAA